CUGAUCAAGAUGGCAACGGCUUUCAGUCCGUACAAAGAAGGAAGAUGGCAGCGUCUUCCGUUUGCACACGCAAGAUGGCGGCACCCAGACGUCUCCUCGCGGACAGUACUAGAGCACUUCCGCUCCUGCCCUUUCCCGUACCCCGCCCCUUCCGUUUUCCUCAACCCUUCCCUUGGCAUGGCUGGGCUGGCUGUUACGUGGUUGGGUGUGCGGCGGCUACAUUUGAGCGUUGCGAGCCGGGCUGGCGGCGCGUGGCGUACCCAGCAGGGCUUGGCCGCCAGCCCCUCUGGCUAUGGGCCUCUAACGGAGCUGCCCGACUGGUCCUAUGCAGAUGGUAGAUGUGCUCCCCCAAUGAAAGGGCAGCUCCAACGGAAAGCACAGAGGGAAAAGUUUGCGAGAAGAGUCGUGCUGCUAUCCCAGGAAAUGGAUGCAGGAUUGAAGACGUGGGAGCAAAAGCAGCAGGAAAAAAGGCAGGAGGAGGAAAAGAAACUGCAAAAUUUGCUCAAGCCCAAAGGGGCUUCAAUGAAGGACCCAUGAAUCAAUAAAGCAAAGCCCCUCCUCCA